CAUCACCUCUCUCCCCCAAACCCCCCCCCCCUCCCUCCCCACCGCCCAGAUCUACUACCCCUCAGGCCCCCAGCGGCCGCGCCCUAGAGGGGGCGGCAGGUCGGUUCCGGCGGGGAGGCGGUGGCGCGGGAGCGGGAGCGCGAUGCGGGUGCCGUGCUGCUCGCUGUGCCACGUGCGGUACGACGAGGAGGAGCGCGCGCCGCUGCUCCUCCACUGCGGCCAUGGCUUCUGCCGCGCGUGCCUGGCCCGCAUGCUGGCCAACGCGGCGGGCGCCGUGCUGGCCUGCCCGCGGUGCCGCCACCCCACCGCCGUCGGCAACUCCGUCUCCGCGCUGCGGAAGAACUUCCCCAUCCUCUCGCUCCUCUCCUCCUCCCCGUCGUCGCCCUCCUUCCUCCACUCGGAGUCCGGCUCCUCCUCCGAGGGCUCCGGCGACGACGACGACUUCUUCGGCCGCCCCAGCCGCCGAUCCUCCGCGGCGCCGCCGUCAUCGCUGCAGCCGGCGGGCUGCACCUCGUUCGACCUCGCCUCGCAUCCGGACCUCAAGCUCGCCCGUCGCAUGGGGAGUGGGCCGCCGGGGCCCGCGGGGCAGGAGGUGUGGUCCGGUACGCUGUCCCGUGGCGGCGGGGGCGGUGGGGCGAAGAGGUGUAAGCAUCCCGUGGCGGUGAAGAGGGUGCCUGUACAAGCGGGGGACGGGCUUGAGGGUGUUCAGGAGGAGGUAGAACGGCUGAGGCGGGCCGCAACAUGGUGCCGGAAUGUUAGCACGUUCCAUGGUGCUGUCAGGGUCGGUGGGCACCUCUGCUUCGUGAUGGAUCGGUACGUGGGCUCUGUGCAGACAGAAAUGCGGCAGAAUGGUGGACGCCUCACGUUGGAGCAGAUCCUCAGAUAUGGAGCAGAUAUCGCUCGUGGAGUAGCAGAACUCCAUGCAGCUGGUAUUGUUUGUAUGAGUAUAAAGCCAUCAAAUAUCCUUUUAGAUACAAAUGGCCAUGCAGUCGUUUCUGACUAUGGUCUUUCGGCCAUUCUUAAGAACCUCACUAGUCGGAGAGUGUCUGAUGAUUCCAACAUGGUUGGCUUGGAUGCUACACUUCUUAGCCCCAAUUAUACAGCUCCUGAGGCUUGGGGGCCAUUGAAGAAGUCAAUGAAUCUGUUUUGGGAUAGUGCAAAUGGAAUAUUACCAGAGUCAGAUGCAUGGAGUUUUGGAUGUACACUUGUGGAAAUGUGUACUGGUGCUGUUCCAUGGGCUGGGCUAAGUGCAGAGGAAAUUUGUAAAUCUGUUGUAAAAGAGAAGAAGCCACCCCCUCAAUAUUCAAGGGUAGUUGGUGUAGGACUUCCUGGGGAACUGUGGAAGAUGAUUGGUGAUUGUUUGCAGUUCCGAGCUUCAAGAAGACCAUCUUUCCAAGACAUGCUAAAAACUUUUCUGAGGCAUCUUCUUGAUAUACCAAGGAGCCCACCUGCAAGCCCUGAAAAUGAUUUCACAAAUGCAAGCUUGCCCAAUGGCAUGGAUGCGCCGCCAGCCUCAAUUCUGGACAUGGUCCAUGAUAAUCCAAAUGCUCUGCACCAUCUUGUAUGUGAAGGAGAUAUUGCUGCUGUUAGGAAUCUUCUCGCAGAAGCUGCCUCAGAUAGAAAUAGCCGUUUAAUUCCUUCACUAUUAGAGACACAGAAUGCAGAUGGAUAUACUGCCCUACAUUUAGCAUGCCGAAGAGGCUCAGCAGAAAUCGUUGAAGCUAUUGUGGCAUACCAAGAGAAUGUAGACUUAUUAGAUAAGACUGGAGAUCCUCCAAUAAUAUUUGCUAUGGCUGCUGGCUCUCCACAAUGUGUUCGCAUACUUGUAAGGAGAUCUUCUGAUGUUAAUUCAAGGCUUAGAGAAGGUCUUGGUCCUACUCUUGCUCAUGUUUGUGCUCAUCAUGGUCAACCGGAGUGCAUGCGGGAAUUGCUCAUGGCUGGAGCUGAUCCUAAUGCAGUAGACGGAGAAGGUGAAUCUAUCCUGCAUAUUGCUGUGGCCAAGAGAUAUACUGAUUGUGCUAUCGUCAUAUUGGAAAAUGGAGGUUGCAGGUCUAUGGGCAUAUCAAAUUCUCAGAAUAAGACGCCAUUGCAUUUGUGUAUUGAAACAUGGAAUGCGGAUGUGGUGAAAAGAUGGGUUGAAGUUGCAUCUGCAGAGGAGAUAGCUGAAGCAAUUGAUGUACCUAGCCCUGUUGGGACAGCUUUGUGCAUGGCAGCUGCUCUUAAAAAAGAGCAUGAGAAAGAGGGUCGAGAGUUGGUACGAAUACUGCUUUCUGCUGGUGCUGAUCCUACAGCACAAGAUGACCCACACUGUCGAACUGCACUGCAUACUGCAGCAAUGAUCAAUGAUGCAGAAUUGGUUAAGAUUAUUCUGGAUGCUGGAGUUGAUGUAAAUAUAAGAAAUGCUCAAAACACAACACCACUUCUUGUUGCACUGAACAGAGGUGCAAACUCUUGUGUUGGUUUGCUCCUAUCUGCUGGAGCAAGCUGCAAUCUACAGGAUGACGACGGCGAUAAUGCUUUCCACAUAGCUGCCGAUGCGGCUAAAAUGAUACGUGAAAACCUCUCAUGGAUUGUUCAAAUGUUACAACAGCCAUCACCUGCUGUUGAUGUGAGAAACCACAGAGGCUGGACGUUGCGAGAUUUUCUGGAGAGGCUCCCACGAGAAUGGAUUUCUGAAGAACUGAUGGAAACUUUAGAAGAUAAAGGAGUUCAUCUCUCCCCAACCAUAUAUGAAGUUGCGGAUUGGGUGAAAUUUAGAAGAACAGUUACUGAACCAACUUUUGGCUGGCAAGGUGCAGGACCCAGAAGCAUUGGUUUUGUUCAGUCUGUUGUAGACCAUGACAACCUUGUUGUGUCAUUUUGUUCUGGAGAAGCCCGCGUUUUGACGAGUGAAGUCAUCAAAGUCAUUCCAUUAAAUAGGGGCCAACAUGUGCAGCUCAAACCUGAUGUUUUGGAGCCUAGAUUUGGAUGGCGUGGUCAAUCACGAGAUAGUAUUGGGACAGUUCUCUGUGUUGAUGAUGAUGGAAUCUUGAGGGUUGGCUUUCCAGGAGCUUCUAGGGGAUGGAGAGCCGAUCCUGCAGAGAUUGUGAGGGUUGAAGAAUAUAAUGUUGGUAACUGGGUUAGGAUUCGUCCUUCAUUAACUGUUGCUGUACAUGGCAUGGAGUCUAUUACUCCUGGAAGUGUUGGUAUUGUGUACUCAAUCAGGCCAGACAGUAGUCUUCUAUUGGGACUUUGCUAUUUGUCUAGUCCAUGGCUCUGUGAGCCAGAGGAGGUUGAGCAUGUUGAUCCCUUCAAGAUUGGUGACCAAGUAUGCGUGAAAAGGUCUGUUGCAGAGCCUAGAUAUGCCUGGGGUGGUGAAACCCAUCACAGCGUGGGAAAAAUAAUUGACAUCGAGAGUGAUGGGCUACUCAUAAUCGAUAUUCCUAAUCGGGCUUUACCAUGGCAGGCAGAUCCAUCAGACAUGGAAAAGAUUGAAAAUUUUAAGGUCGGUGAUUGGGUUAGAGUGAAAGCAACAGUACCAUCCCCAAAAUAUGGCUGGGAGGAUGUGAAUCGUAGCAGUAUUGGUGUGGUUCAUAGUCUGGAAGAAGAUGGAGAUAUGGGUGUUGCUUUCUGCUUCAGAAGCAAGCCUUUUUCUUGCUCAGUUGCAGAUGUGGAGAAGGCACAGCCAUUUGAGGUAGGAGAAAAAAUUCACAUGUUACCUUCAAUUUCUCAGCCUCGCCUUGGAUGGUCAAAUGAAACUGCAGCGACCAUUGGGGCCAUCUCAAGGAUAGACAUGGAUGGGACUCUAAAUGUCAAGGUGUCUGGCAGAAAUAGCUUGUGGAAGGUCGCUCCAGGUGACGCUGAAAGGCUUUCAGCCUUUGAGGUUGGAGACUGGGUGCGGUUGAAAUCAAGUGUAGGAAGCAGGCCUACUUAUGAUUGGAAUGGUGUUGGAAAAAUAAACAUUGCAGUAGUCCAUAGCAUUCAAGACUCUGGUUACCUAGAGUUGGCUGGUUGUUUCAGGAAGGGGAAAUGGUUAACUCAUAACACGGACAUUGAUAAAGUAGAGCCUCUCAAGAUUGGUCUUCAUGUUCGGUUCCGUCCUGGAAUUACAGAGCCCAGAUGGGGAUGGAGAGAUGCAAAGCCUGAUUCCAGAGGCAUAAUUGCUGGUGUCCAUGCUGAUGGAGAAGUAAGAGUGGCCUUCUUUGGUGUGCCUGGGCUGUGGAAAGGUGAUCCUGCAGAUCUUGAGAUCGAGCAAGUUUAUGAGGUUGGUGAAUGGGUUAGGCUGCGGAAUAAUGCAGAUGAUUGGAAGUCGCUCAAACCUGGUAGCAUUGGCGUGGUACAUGGGAUUGGAUACGAAGAUGAUGUCUGGGAUGGAACCAUUCAUGUGGCAUUUUGUGGUGAGCAAGAAAGGUGGAUAGGGCCUUCCAGCCAACUAGAAGGAGUCAGCAAGUUUGUUGUUGGGCAGCGUGUGCGGGUCAAACUCUGUAUCCGACAGCCAAGAUUUGGCUGGUCUAAUCAUAAUCAUUCAAGCAUAGGGACCAUCUCAUCUAUUGAUGCUGAUGGGAAGCUUAGGAUUCAUACACCCGCUGGUGCGAGGGCUUGGUUAAUAGACCCGGCUGAGGUUGAGAAAGUGGAGGAAGAGGAGGAAGUCUGUGUCGGGGAUUGGGUGAAGGUUAAGGAUUCUAUUGCAACCCCCACAUAUCAGUGGGGUGAUGUGAACCAUAAUAGCAUAGGGGUAGUCCACCGGGCUGAGGAUGGUGAACUUUGGGUUGCUUUCUGUUUCUGUGAUAGGCUAUGGUUGUGCAAAAGGUCGGAGGUGGAGAAGGUGAGGCCAUUCCGACUAGGGGACAGAGUACGGAUACGACCAGGCCUUGUAACCCCACGUUGGGGAUGGGGGGUGGAGACAUACGAGAGUAAAGGUGAGGUUGUAGGUGUUGAUGCAAAUGGGAAACUUAGGAUCAAGUUCAGGUGGAGGGAUGGACUUUGGAUUGGAGAUCCUGCUGAUAUCAUUCUUGAUGAUAUCCCAUCAUUGAAGGAGACGGAGGCUUCUAAUGGCUAUUGUUCAUAGUCUUGCGGUAUUCUUUUGACCCAUACCUGAUUUCUUGCACCCUUCCAUUGUGCAGUAUUUCAAAUUUAAUAGGGUCUCAAUCAUGCAAUGGAGUUGCAAGUUGCACAUAGGUACCAUCGCGUAGGCAUGGUGGGCUGUAUUUCGUGUUGAUAAGCAGUGGGGAAAAGAAUGAAAUGAAGGCUGAAAAAAAAAGAACUCGAAAUAGACAUGAUAACCACCACCUAGGUUUUUACAUGUAUAAUUAUGGGCCUGACUCCUUUUGUAUCAUAUUACCCGUGUACAGGUUUGGACCUGAACAUUAAUUUAAUUGAUAGUGUCCUUGAAUCUUUUACU